AAAUGUAUUAUACUUCAUCUUGUUAUAGACAGAUAGCUGUACGCAAGGACAAAGAUGCGACAAUACUAUAGGUAGCUACACUUGUACUCGUUAUCUAUCGUGUGGCACAGGAUAUACUCUAAAUGCCGCCACUGAGAUUUGCGAAGACGAUGACGAGUGUCUUCUUGGAACACACGAUUGCGGAAAGGGUUAUCAUUGCAGGAACACGCUUGGCUCUUAUCGAUGUGAUCGUAAUCCACGUGUACCGUUUUUAGAAUCUCGGUUCGAUAUCACUACAAUCACAACUACUAAAUCAACAUCAAUUGCUCCUACUACUUCGUUAUCAUCUCAGGAACAGAUUAAUUGUCAACGUGGAUUUGAAUCUGUUUCUGGAGACAAAUGUAUGGAUAUAGACGAAUGUGAAAAAAAUCCUAAUAUUUGUAGCAGAACAAUGAAAUGUUUGAAUACUCUUGGAUCUUACAGAUGCGUGUCUAAAGUAUUAUGCAGUAAUGGAUAUACUUUGGAUCCAGUAUUAGGAAGAUAUUGUAUUGAUAUAGAUGAGUGUGCGAAUGGUACUCAUGAAUGUACCGCCGAUCAAACUUGUGAGAAUAGAAUAGGUGGUUAUGUUUGUUCAUGUCCAUCUGGACAUGUUGUUGGACCGAAUAAAGAUUGCAUCGAUAUCGAUGAAUGUAGCCUUUAUGGUAACAUAUGUGGAUCAAACAGUCGAUGCGAGAAUACCGUUGGUUCUUUCAAAUGUAACUGCGAAAAUGGUUUUGAACAUGUUAGUAAUUUCGCUGGUAAUAGUUGUCAAGAUAUCGAUGAGUGUGCACGAACACUUGGUUUGUGCCAACAUACGUGUUUCAACACGUGGGGGAGUUACAAGUGUAUCUGUAAAUCUGGAUUCAAAUUGAAUGCAGAUAAUCGUUCUUGUACAGACAUCGAUGAAUGUACAGAGUUUAAAGAUAACUUAUGCGUAGGGAUUUGUGAAAAUACACCAGGCAGUUAUGUUUGUAAAUGUCCAGAUGGUUAUAAGCUCGGACAUAAUGGCCGUACUUGUGAAGACAUCGAUGAAUGUCAAGCUGGACACAUCUGUAGAGAAGCAGAUGAAAUUUGUCACAACAUCAGAGGUAGCUAUCGUUGUAAUAAAAUAAAAUGUCCCAACGGAUAUCACCGUGAUCAUGAAAGAAAAAACCGAUGUGUGAGAUCAUGGCCAUGUCAUAUCAACGAUCAUGCUUGCAUUAGACAACCAUCGCAUUACUCAUAUAAUUUCAUCACUCUUGUAAGCAUGUUACCGGUUAUGCCAAACAGACCGGAAGAACUAUUUAAAAUGAAAGGAUAUCACCUGCCAGGCUCUGCGAUACAAUUCAGUAUGGCGUUCUUGGAAGCACGUGCACCACCUGGAAUACAACGAGCCACAGAAUCGUGUUUCGCAUUGAAAAAGCCUGAACCCACACAAGCUGUUUUAGUAAUGACACAAAGUAUUCAAGGUCCUCAAGAAAUCGAGCUCGAUUUAAAUAUGGAGGUUUAUCAUAAUGCACAUUUUGCCGGAAGUGCAAUAGCAAAAAUUUUGAUUUUUGUUUCUCAAUACGAAUUUUAAUAAAUUCUUAUGAAACAUGAAUGAAGAAAUAUUUAAAGAAAUAUUUGAAUUAACAUUUGUUCUUUAUAUUAAAUUUUU